GCGGCCGCAGCCGGGCGGCGGGCGCAGAGGCGGCGGCGGUGCGGCCAGUCAGGAGGCGGCGGCGGCGGCGGCAGCGAUGCGGCGGCCCCGCUGAGCCCGCCAGCUCCGGGCGCCGGGGGUCAGCCGCGCGAGGCGGCCCGGGCCGGGCGGCAGCAUGCGGAGCGGCGAGGAGCUGGACGGCUUCGAGGGCGAGGCCUCGAGCACCUCCAUGAUCUCGGGCGCCAGCAGCCCGUACCAGCCCACCACCGAGCCGGUGAGCCAGCGCCGCGGGCUGGCCGGCCUGCGCUGCGACCCCGACUACCUGCGCGGCGCGCUCGGCUGCCUCAAGGUCGCCCAAGUGAUUUUGGCCCUGAUCGCAUUCAUCUGCAUAGAGACCAUCAUGGAGUGCUCCCCGUGUGAAGGCCUCUACUUUUUUGAGUUUGUGAGCUGCAGUGCAUUUGUGGUGACUGGAGUCUUGCUGAUUCUGUUCAGUCUCAACCUUCACAUGAGGAUCCCCCAGAUCAACUGGAACCUGACAGAUUUGGUCAACACUGGACUCAGCACUUUCUUUUUCUUUAUUGCUUCAAUUGUACUGGCUGCUUUAAACCACAAAACCGGGGCAGAAAUUGCUGCUGUGAUAUUCGGCUUCUUGGCAACCGCGGCCUACGCGGUGAACACGUUCCUGGCCGUGCAGAAGUGGAGAGUCAGCCUCCGCCAGCAGAGCGCCAACGACUACAUCCGUGCCCGCACAGAGUCCAGAGAUGUGGACAGCCGGCCUGAGAUCCAGCGCCUGGACACGUGAGGACAUGCCACUGUCCUCUUCCCUCUGGUCCUCGUGCCCGUCUUUUCAAUCAAGUUUUUCUUUGCCUCAUCACAUCAGAUUUUCAUGUGACUAAAUUGAAUUUUGUCCUCCUCAGUUAAAAAGAUCAUUUGGGGAAAGGGUUUUCACAGUGGCCCUGGUGGUGGGUACAUGAGGUAGGGAGCCUCGUGCCCAGCUGUUCAGGCAGAGGUGGGUGGGAGAGGCCCCCAGAUCCUCCGGUUUGGUGGCCGUGGGAGCUGCUGGCCUCAUGGGCUGCCGUGUCCACUUCACUGUCCCUGAGCACAGGCUUCAUGUCUGACUCUGAGCCACCCUGUCAUAUGUACUUGUGACAAGUCAGGACUUUGGAUUAAAUGGGGGCUGCAUGGAGGGGGAAGAAAUCAAGGAAUGAAGGUACACGGUUGGAACAAUCGGUCAGCAGUGAUUCCUGGGCUGCCCCAGGUCAGCUUUAGUCUCGCUGCCAGGACCUCCCUCUCUCCAUUGUUUUCCAUGCCCCGGGCACUGAGACACCAGCACAAGCCUGGAAAGCCACGUGUGACACCGAAGGCCUUGGUGGUGGGUGUGCUGGCAGAGCGCGUUGCUGGGUCUGCGGUUUACGGGGGUGGGAAGAGCUGGCGUCCUCUUAGCAUGGCGUCACGGCACUGCUGACCUGUGAGAGGGUCACCAUUUGUUUCCUACCCUGACGAGAAAUCCUUUGAUGCUUCGUCAAAUGAAUCACCUCCCUGAAUCUUAGAUUCUCCUCCAGGAAUGUGGGGACCAUCUUGUUUUCCAGUGUCCUACCUUCCCUGAAUACUUUGAGGCUGGACUGCAGAUUUUCUGACAUUUUACCUUCUCAGGUAAAAGCCACAAAAGAAAUACAGUCCAUUCCACCAGCCAGAACCCUUGCCCAUUUGCUGGCAUCAUGGACCACAGGUGGGGACGCACCUCUAUUUUAGGGGUGUGCACUGAUUUUCAAAUGCCUGAGAAGAGUUCUCGAGUGAUUCUGAGUAGAUCUGUCUAGGGUUUGGAAAUACUUGAAGCUGUACCACGACACACCCUUUCACUGAUGUUUCAGAGGUACGGACGUCCCUGUGCCUCAGAGUCGUAACCAUGAACGUCAAUCUUGGGAUCUGUCGGGGAAAAUUCCAGUUACAUAAGGUUUUGAACUGAUUCUCGAUAAAGUGACAAUUAUUAUGGUGACUGAGUUAAAUGAGCCCCUAUGAUACUGUAGUUUUUUGUUUUAUUUUUUUCUGUUGGAGACUAAUUGUAUCUUUUAUGGAAAAAUUGUUUUAACGUGUCCCGUUUUCACUCUUUGAACUGUUUCCAAUGUUUACAAACUUCACUCUAGCUCUAAUGUUCUGUGUUUCGCCCUCACCAAGGAAAAAAACACUCACUGCUGGUGGGAAGCUUUUGCAUUUAUGGGGAGACUCACCAGGAUCUUGUCCUAGCGAGUGUUUACAGCUGCAGCAGCAAGCAGUGUAACGAGAGAGAGGGUCUGGGUCUGGGGGUGGGGGGAGCAGAACCGGUGUGAGAAAUGCCCAGCUGUGCGCAGGCGGCUUAGCAUUCUGCAUAGCAGAGCGGCGGGUGGGUUGAUCAGGUAGCACUGCUUGGCUGGGGAUCCAUACGAAAUGGCACUGUGCUGUCUCUGAAGGGUCGGGCUUAGGGCUCCCUGACUGAACAUCCCAUACAGUCCGAGUUCUGCUGCCGUUCCUGUCUGGGGCCGUGACCCAGGUCACCUGCUCAAGCCCCUGGUCUGCUCAGGGGCCGUGGGGUGUUGGCGCAGACCCAGCUCGUCUGACGGUGACUCACCUCCCUCUGUUCCUGCAAAAGGCAGCCAGGCCUGGUCACAGCGGGUCUGACAGAGCCCUCUUCCCAUGGAUGUUGUGAAGCUGUACAAACCAAGCUUCACGAACUUUGUACCUAUUAUGUGUAGUGGUUUUUGAGGAGAUUAUGGCAUCUGGAUUUUAUCUGUUCAUUUUAUAUAUUUAUUUUGCAUUUGUUGAGUGUAUAUGCUUAGUCAAAAUGGGGCUUAUCUCGCUUUGAGAGUUCCAUUUAAAAACAGGGUCACAAAGACUCAGCCUUGCAUUAAAUGGGGCCCACUUGGAAGGACCACCCUGAACUUUAUCAGAAAUCUCCUGCUGGGACUCAUGUUACUUGGCCUCAAUAAAAAGCCGCCUUUGAAGUGAGAUUGAAAAAAGUCUAUUCAGGCAGGGUUGUUGCCCAAGUUUUCCCAAGUCACUUCAAUAAAAUCAGUUUAUCAUCUGGUUGAAAGGAGCCUGUUGGCCCCCUGAGGGUGUGUUGUCAGCUGCAAGGAAUGGUUCUGAAGCCCAUCGAAGUUGUAAACGCUGAUAGAUGGUAAAAAGUGGUGACACCUCGUGCAGUAGGCCACUUAGGGAUUAUUGAAUAAUUUGCAUCUUAGUGUUAGAAUCUUGGAAUUAUUUAUGUCCCGGUAACUAUUUAAUGUCCUUUGUGCCAUGAGACUCUCCCAUGGUUUUUGUAAAUAUAUUUCUCUAUAUUUAAUUAGCUCCCACUACAACCACAAGUGGCUAGGUACGCAGACUGGUGUGAUGCGGAGUCCUAAGUCCUGUCGCGUAUGGCAAUGUGGUGAGAGGUAAGGAAGGUAUAUGGUUUGUGUGAAUGGAAAGACACCUGCAGUUUCCUUAUGCUGUCUCUGUGUACAAACAAGACAAUCUAGUUUUGGGGGGCUUAAAAGGACUUUUUCUUUUUUGCAAAUCGAAGGAAGCUUAUUUUUGCAUUUAAUAGUUCCAAUACGGACCAAUGUCAGUUUGGCUUGGGGCAUUUUUAAGGCUGAGGCAAUCUUAGUGUUUCUCAAUUUUCUGGUGGGAUGAUAUUGGCUUUCAUAGUUGGUGCCAGACUUGUGUACGUUUGAAUUUGUUCCUGGAGACUGGAUGGUUGAAACCCUCAAGCAUUUGGUGGAACCUCUGGUGGUUUUAGAUGGAUGCAAACACUGACGUCUUCAGAGAAAGUUUAUCCUGGCAUCGAUUUGGUUGAUGCGGUAUUUUUUCUUUUCUCUGAUUCUCCUGUAUCCUCCCUUCACACUGCUGAAGGCACUGGGGGGAGGGGAGGGAGUACCUUUUCCCUUUCAUACAGAGAGAUUCCAUGUAAAGCCGGGGAAGGACAAAGGCAGUUACAGAUUAAAAUCUCAUAACAGAAGUUCGAUUUAAAGUAAACAGAUUUUCACUCUGCCACUCUGCAGCAGUUGUCGUCCAAGAGAGAUUACCUUUGCCCACAGAGAGGCAAGAAUGUAGCAGCCUGCCCAGUUCCAAAAGCCAUGUCUUCCUUGGCAACUUGAACCAAAGUGCCAGCAUGGACAAAGCCCAGCCUGGCUGCAGGGAAGCCAAGGACACAGCCUGGUUCUGAGGGCUCAGCUCUGGAAGGUGGGUGUCACCCUGCGCCCUCUGGGCACCAUCACUGCCCUUGGCUAAAGGCUCAUGCCCACGGGCAGGCAUGGGGUGUUUCUGACCCCACCCUGUGUUGGAUGCUUCCGGAGAGAGCUUUGUGACUCAGUUGAAAACAUUCCUACUCUUUUAAAGUUUGUAGUUUCAUCUGCCUUUCUUUGAAGCUUUCUUAGUGAUUCAGUCUUGGGUUAAGCCACAUGUGGCCUCUGAGGAGAUGAAGCACUAGCCCUUCUGUCUGCACAUGUAUGUGAAUUCUUGCUUGCAGCGAGUGACCCUUGAAUAACCCCUCCAUGUGUCAUGCGUGUGGCUCGAGCUCACCUUUUCUUGUAGACCCGCAUGUGAUAUUUGGGAAGAAACCCCUCACCUCUCCAUGUGUUUAGGAGGCAGACCAAGUUCCUAAUCUAAGACUGUGCAAGAUUUUCUGUGAGCUGUUCUUAGAAUCUGUCCUAACAGAUGAAUAAAGUCUGGAGACAACAUGUGGCCACGUUAGUGAUUCUGGGAGGCAGUGGCGAUUUAAAUGGGUCCCAUUGUGCCAUCCAUGUUCAAAAGAAAGCCACCAUGAAGUCUUGGUGCCACUGCCUGAUUGUCGUCUUCUCCACAUCUGAUUUACAGGAAAACAUGACAUUGAACAAGUAGCAAAAGGGGAAAACGCCUUCUAGGCUGAGGGCUGCUGCCGAUUGAUUGUCUCAAGCAAAAUAAAAAGUUGCUUCUGGCUCCAGCGACUGCCAUUAGUGUGUGAGGUCUCAGACAGUUUUCUAGCUCCUAGUGAAGUUUGCAGCACCCAGGGGCUCUCUCUUACUUCAUCAGCACCCACUCCCAGGACCAGCUAGGUGACAGCUGGUGAGGUGGGAGCAGGGGCAGGUCUGGGAGGGGAGAGGAGGGAGGAGGAGGCCCAGACUGUCUGUCUUGGGCCUGUCGAGAGCACUGGACAUGGUUACUCACCCAGGCUGUACCCGGUUAACUACCUUCCUGACCUCUUUGGGAAAGUGAGGUCUUGUGUUCCGGAAUCCACGUGAGACAGGAGCCGAAUGUGGAGACCAGCGUGCUGUGGUGCUGACCUCUUAGUGUGAGUUUGGGAACUCACAGGUCUGGGCAGGUGACUCGGAUUCCAAUUUGGGUGCCCCCCUCAGAGAGGACGCAGACCUAACACUGUCUGCUUUGAGCUUUGUAAAUGUUCCUGGCUCUUCAUAAAAUCUCCUGUGUCUUCUCUUCUCAGCAGAUAUCACUACAGUCAUAACUGUCUGGUUGAGAAGGUAAUUUGAAAUAUUUGGCUCUUUACAUUUCUUUUAUUUAGAAACCGUCUCUGAAAGAAAAUACCCUCAAUAUCUGUUAGAUCUAGAAGAAUUUUCUUCUCAAAGUUGAAUGUUUGUUUAACUUUUCUUCACACCAGUAAAUGGCAUUUACAUACUUUUAGGCUUGAAACAGAGGGGUGGGUUCUGAUAUAUUUUCCCUUCUUUGGCCUAGAUUAUAUUCUUAUUCCAUUUGGAUAUAAUUUCUCAACCUUGGGGAUUUAUUUCCUUUCUAGUUUUUAUUAUUCUAUAAACAUAAAAAUAAAGAAAAAAAGAUUACCCACAAGCGUGCUGAGUCUAAAUCAGUGGCAGCUUGCCUAGAAUAAAGUUUAGUUUAUGGGUCCUUGAAUUGCAUAUCUUUUUAAAAGGGUUAGUUUGUUGUCUAGUUUUUAUGCCAAGACUUUUAUUUGGGUGACUUACUAUCGAGACACCCUGGAGCAUGGUGUUUUCUUUGGGAUGCAUUCUACACAAGGCCAAGAGCCUUCAUUAAGGGGUUAAUAGCCUGGACUCUGGUGAGCUACAUCAGAACUUUCAUGGUUCUAAUUUAGAGUAGGAACUUGUUUCAGAAGAUCUUAAUCAGCUUUGUUGGUGGGAUUAGGGAGAGGCCCAAAGUUUCUUUCCACAACUGUGCCUCAGAGGAGAGAACGCGGGACACAACUGAUCUGACAGUGGUUUUUAUGGGAUUCAGUAGCCUGAAUACUAUCCGAUACUAUCAAUAGCCUGAAACUAUCCAAUCUGAGUCAUCUUUGGAGGACACUGCUGAAACCCAGUAGGAAGCACUCCUCUCAUCAGGAAAGCCACCUGAAGGGACGGCCAGGAAACAGGACAGCAUGGGGGCCAGGUGCCCAUGCAGGCAGGGCCGGCUCUAGCUGCUUCCCUCCGUGGGCCAUUUUGCUUUCCUGCUUUUUCCAGAACAGAUUUUGCAAGUUUCAAGACUCUGUUCUCUCUGCAGUGUGAGGAAGACAGAUACUCAGGGCUUGGAGGGAGAACUGGCUGGUCCAAGGGUUCCUGCGGGAGCGCAUGGGUGGGGUGCCUAUGCUGCCCCACCCUGGGACGAGCCCAGGCCCCUGAGGCCUCGCCUGCGUCCAACUGUCACUCUGUAACCUGUUGAAAAACAAGUUUUCAAAUCCUGCCUCAUGAUGAAACUGAAAAUAUGUGGAUAAAACCAGUGCUUUUCAUAACUUGAUUCUGAUGUGGUUCCCUCUAAGAGAAUGCUAGGGGUUGAAACUAUUUGUAUAUGUUGAAAUUUGCAGGGGUUCAGGAACCCGUGGCAAAAACACUUAACUAUUUAUUACAGGUAUAACUGUAUUUUUUCUUUUCCCAAAGUAAUUAUGUCUUUGUAUAUUUUAAGACAAAUAAUAGUCACUUCACCUUUGGUGCCUUCCGUGUGUCAGUCACAGAAACACUCUUGUCAAUCAUGGAAUUGAAAAAAAAAAAAAAAGAUGUACAUUUAGUUAAACAAGAUAACACUAUUUUUGUAGCAUGAUUUUAGAUUGUGUCCUUUUAAUAUUGCUUUCAGCAAUGCUGGCUUUGAGGUUUGGUCAUUUUCCCUUUAAACUUCAUUAUAUAUUUUAAAAAAGAAAACAAAAAAACCCAAACCCCCAGCUUCUCCUGUUUCUUCUCUGCUGCUUUCUCCCCAACAUCUCGUUUCUGCUUACACAGUCUGAGAGUAAGAGUAUAUUUCUGUGAAAUAGUGAUUAAUCAGUAUAACUGCAUUUGGCAUUUUUUAACCACUUGUUCAGUUUGAACAGCCACUGCUCACCUGAAACAGUGAGAGGAAAGUGGUUCCAUGAAAAAAGAACAGAACAUUCUCGGUGCUCUGACUUCCCCUUCUUUGGGUCUAAAACAGUGAAAAGCCCUUUCUCUGGCUGGUGUCUGUCUUCCAGGUCAGCUCAGGCUGUUUGUCCUCCGCCUCCCUCCGCCUGCGUGAGACCUGCUUUGGGUGGGGGUGGGAUCUCUGCUGGUCCCAGGCUCACCUUCCACUGGGAUCUCAGAUUGGUUCGUGGUUCAUGGAUUCCCUGGGUAGGUUCAGUGGCCCUUUCUGGUUUUCAGCCCAAACAUAAUAGAUUCCCUGCUGUGAUGAGCUUGAUGAAAUUAAGACACAGAGGACAUGCUGGCAGCUCCUUCUGCUUUCUCACCCCUGCAGGACUGCAUUAUGUCUGGUCAAGAAAAGUCUUGAGUAAAUUAGCUGAGCCCAUUUAAAAUGAAGGAAUGGAUUUAUUGAAACAAGACUGUAGCACUCCCCCGCUUGGCCCCUCCUUUUGAAGGGUUAAAAUGUGUCAUUAUUUUCUAACAAAGGAAGUCCAGUCAGAUGGCUAAUUCCCAUGUGAUUACUCAUUGCGUGGCCCACUGGUACUUGGGGGAGGGGCAAUGUUAAUUUAACAACUACUACACUUUGCUUCUUAAAAGUCUAUUUGCUUUAACAGAGUAGACACAGCUGUGGGGCCAUCUGAGGUGAUGCCUGUGAGGCAAACUUUGGUUCAUGCUGUUGGUGGGUCAGAGCUCCCAUCCUGGCUUCUGACGCCUUUGCAGAUGCCCUGGGGUGGGCACCACCUGGCUCCUACCGGCUCUCGGGUGUGACUGUCUCCGUUUGGGGUGGUUUGGGGGCCCCAGAGACUUUGCUCCUGUUGGUCUGUCCCUGACAGCAGACAACGCCUCGUGCUGCCCUCAGUCUUCCCCCUUUAUUUCUUUUGAAGGACCAAUGUUUCACAGUACUUGUCCUGAUUGUUUUCAUAGUGUUCAAAUCUGUAUUUUUGUAUGUAGAGGGAAAUAAUUUUCUCAGCACUAAUCGCUAAUAAAUAUUGUAUUAAAUUGUCAUGAAGGAGUUCUUGCUUAAUAAACGGAUGUGUAAAAACAGUACCAUCUCUUUCUUAGCUCUGCCUUGCCUCCCGCCCCUUCAAAGGCUGUG